AAAAAAAAAAUGGGUGGGAACCUCAUGGCCAAGUUGUAGAAAAAAAAAGUUGAAGUGUGCCUAUCUUGGGGCGGAGCCCCUCCCUUCUGCUCGCCGAGCACAGUGCAAGUCCCGGCUACAACCGAGAGGCAGGGUCCAGGAGCUGGGGACCCCCAUAGCUCAGUGCGCCCACCGCGUGUCUCUGCCGCCGCGUGGCGAUGAGCAGCCCCGAGAGCACGCCGCCUCCCGCGCACCACGACCUGCCCCACUCUACCUGAAGCCUUCUCUGAUGGCCCUCAUAUGUCUGCCCAUGCUGCCUGACUUUCCACCUUCACCCUUCCAACCUGUAUCCAGCUCCUAGAUGUCCAGAGCCUAACCCAGGGAUGUCCUACAGAGUGAUGGAGAUCGCCAUCAUUGCAGCUGUGAUCACUGCAGUGGCUUUGGUCCUGGUCUGCCUCCUCUUCCUCAUGCUCCGGUACCUGUACAGGCACAAGGGCACCUACCACACCAAUGAGGCCAAAGGCACCGAGUUCGCUGAGAGUGCCGAUGCAGCCCUGCAGAGCGACCCUGCCCUCCAGGACGCCGGGGACAACAGCAAGAAGGAAUACUUCAUCUGAGGGGUAGCAGUCUCCACCUCCCUGCAAGGUGUUUGUGACUGUCGGAGAGAAAGCACAGCCACUAAGUGCCACCACUGUCAGCACCGGGAAGCCCUCAAGGGCACCCCAAGACUCUUACUGCAGAACACUGGGUGCCUGCCAGGAAGUUAAUACAGAUAUGAAGAAUCAAGGUGCAGAACACCUCUUGCAGGGACUCGAUGGCCACCCAGAGGCUGUCAUUGGCUCUACAAGGAAUAGGGAAUAUCUGAAGACACAGGUCUCCCUGUACAUUGCAGGUCUCAUCUCACUAGCAUGAAAGUUCUCCUCGGUGGGCAUGAGAUGGUUGGACCUAGGCGGGAGUGAACAAAAGUGUGACAUCUAUAAAUGGACUGGGGAUAAUGGCAUCAAAUGUCAGUCCUUGUCAUUGGGGGAGAACGGCAGGUGAUGUCAGUCCUUGUCAUUGGGGGAGAACGGCAGGUGCCAGAGUUAAAAAGCAUCUUCAUCUCCCAUCAACCCAACACAAAACGUUAACAAAUAGAUUUGAAGUGUAACUGAGCAUUCUUUAUCAAGUGUCUAGGAAACAGUAAAUGCCACCCACUGGUGGCUUUUCUCUUGUAUAACAUUAGAUCUGUGUGCAUGGGGCAAAAAUUGUCCAGUUCUGGCAAGAAAACAAGAGGAAGAAUGACAUUUUCCCCUCAUUGGUACCAGUUCUAUAAAACAAACGGAAGGAUGAAGCUCGGUAAUUGGGCCACUGACUGAAGCACUGAUUUCUUGAUAAAUAAUAUUCCAAGACGAGAGUUGUGUUCAACAACCAUGAGUGAACUCCAUCAGCCCUGGGUUUGGGUCCUAGCUCCUCUGUAUUGGUCUUGGGACCUUAAGCCGUGAAGUUGACUUCUCUGCCCUUAAUGUUGGCAUUCUGUUGGCAUUUUUCAAGUGGAACUGUUGCUAAUUGUAUUACCCCUGCUUCCUAACUCCCAGCUUUGUGGGCAGGAGCAGAGGAUCAGAUACUAAGCAAUCACUGUAUUCCUGUGUCACUAACUCACUGGAUUCAUGGCUUGCCUGUGUUGGCUAAUGAGAAUUCAUCAUCGCCCCGCCUCUAAACGUUCUGAGAAGCCACCAAUUUAAAAUGAACAGCAGGGAGAAAAUGAACUAAUUAACCAACCCCAUCCAGGUGAGAUUGCCAGUGGCUCCGUGAUUGCUCUGAGACCAGUGUGGCUGAGUUUAAAGAUUGUCCCCUGCAAUACCCAGGUCCUCUCAGGAGCCUCUUCAGCUGUGCUAUCUCCACUUGGACUCCAUCAAAAAAAAUAUUAUGUCAUGUUCCCUGGGAAGCUAAUGAGGAUAUAAGCUUAGUCAAGUAUGGCCACCAGCCUAAAGAGCUGGAAGUCCUGGUAAUGCUGUGGGGAAGAGAAGCAUGGAUUGGCCAAGUGCCAGAUGUCCCCAGAUUGGUGGAUGGCUAUGUUCUCAUCUAUGAAGUAAAAGACUGGCUACAGAUGUCACCCACUAAUCUAGAGACCUGGUCUAAACCCCUAGUGAAUGCUUGAAACCAAAGGCAGUAUUAAACCCCUUGUAGCUGGCUUUUUCUGCACACAUUUAUGUUAAGACUUAAUUUAUAAAUUAGGCACAAUAAGAAAUUAACUGCAAUAACUCACAGUAAAAUGGUAUAAUUAUAACCAUAAGCUGGAAUAAAAGAUUCUUGAAACCGUGAA